AUGUUGAAGUCCGCCAUUUCCCUCGCCAAGCGCAUCAAUGUCGCAAUCACGGCAUCAACAACUGCAGCUGAGAUAGCUGAGAUGGAACGAGAUCCAUGGUCUAAGUCGGCAAAGUACGGGGAAGGGUUUGUAUAUUUCGCUGUUGUGCUGUUGGCCGUCACGACUUUCGUUCGAUGCUGGCACAUAUGGGGCGAUAAGAUGCGGAUUGCUUUUUAUAGAGAGAACCGACCAAAUAUCGUGCGUGACGACUCAGUUCCAGACGAGUAUGAGCUCCCGAGUGCAGGCACUGAUGCUUCCAACGCUCAAUUCUUUCCAUCUCCAACCGCAAUUGCUCCUCCCAAGAGGCACGAAUCGCUUCUUGCUAGAAUAGUCCCGUUGAACAAGGCAAUCGCCUUCAUGCGAUGGAUCUUCUACCGGCCUAUUCCGGUCCUGAGGAUUGGCGCGGUCGAGUUUGUUUCCCCAUCUCUGGCAGUGACGGCGAUUGUGCUAGCUGCGUUCAUCUUUGUUACGCUAUAUUGUUUUGUACCACAGCCUUUAUACUACUGGUCAAUUUCGCUCGGAUCACCGCCACUGGCUAUUCGCGCCGGUAUGCUCGCAGUAGCUACGAUCCCCUGGAUUGUCGCACUCAGCACCAAGGCAAACUUCAUCAGUAUGAUGACUGGCCUUGGCCAUGAGCGGUUAAACGGGUUGCACCGUUGGUUAGCCUAUAUCUGCCUCUUCCUCAGUUUGGUCCAUACGGUUCCUUUCUACAUCACUCCAAUCUGGGAAGAUGGUGCUUUGAUCAACUACCGCGCAGGUAUCCCACCGCAUGCCUAUGUAUAUGGUACUGGAAUUGCAGCGCUGGUUCCCCUACUCGUGCUGUGUGUCCAUUCGCUCCCAGUCUUGCGCAACUGGAUGUAUGAGGUUUUUGUUUUUGUCCACAUCCCAGUCUCGUGGGUCUUUGUGGCGAUGCUCAUCUGGCACACAAGAAACUACCUGUCAUCAUGGGCUUAUCUUUUCACAACCAUUGCCAUCUGGAUCGUCUCAUAUAUCAUCAGGCUGUUCUACCUGAAUUGGAUGAACCCUUUGCGCUCAUCCUUCUUAAUCGGAGAAGAAUCGGCCAUAACUCUUCUUCCACAAAAUGCUAUCAAGGUCACCAUUCCCACGAAGAUGCGCUGGCGGCCUGGUCAGUACGUCUACCUCCGAAUGCCAAGAAUUUCCGCAAUUCAAAGCCACCCUUUCACAAUCGCCUCUCUUUGCAGUGACGACUUUCCUUCUGCAUAUGGUGAGAAAUACCGGGACAUGACACUAGUUUUCCGUCCAUUCCAUGGUUUCACACGAGAAGUAUUCCAGAAGGCUUUGGAACAUGGUCCUUUCAGAAUAUACAGCGCAUUUGUAGAGGGACCUUAUGGUGGUAUGCAACGCGAGAUAGCUGCCUUUGAUGAUGUGGUUUUCUUCGCUGGCGGAAGUGGUAUCACCGCUAUUGCGAGUCAGUUGCUAGACCUCAUCAAAAAGAUUCGCGAUGGCAAGGCCAUCACCAAGUCAGUUAAGGUCAUUUGGGCGCUCAAGAGUCCAGAGACGAUGGAGUGGUUCCAAGAGGAACUGCGAAUCUGCCGUGACUACGCACCUUCGAAUAUCGUGAGCUGCCAUUUCUUCCUCACUGAUGUGAAGCAAGAAGACCAAGCCGGACGGGAUAUGGUCCAGGAGAAAAUUUAUGGCAUGCUCCAGGGCAUAGAUAAGCGCAAUUCGGCUUACAUCCGCGCUGAAGCAGGCGGGAACCCUGACAUAGAAAAGGAAUUACGCCGUGAGAACGAAGAUGGCAUUUCUGCUCUUCCCAAUGCACAUGCGGCAUCUCAUGUGGCCAAUACCCGCCAAUACUACCAGCCUGCUGCUCCUCUUGGGCCAGCUGGGCAUGGCAACCCAACCUUUGACUUUGGAUUCGGCGCACCCCAGCCUGUGCCACAAAGGCCACCACCGGCACCUGCACCCCGGUUUGCCCAUUACCAAGCACGUGGGCGCGAUAACUGGCGCACCGAUUACUUCCGACCAAACAUCUCUCAGAUGGUCAAUGAGUUUUCUAAAACCUUUGGUCGCCGUGCGUGUGUUUUCGUCUGCGGCCCACCCAGCAUGCGAGUUGAGGUCGCUACUGCGGUAGCUAAAUUGCAGUUACAAGUGAUGACCGACUCUUCAAAAGAUGAGAUCUUCUUGCAUGCUGAGAACUAUGAUAUAUAA